UUUUUCUUUCAACUUCUGUCUCUUCUUUGAGACAGAAAACCCACUGACUAACCAAGACAAUUACUCUCUCUCUCUCUCUCUCUCUCCUGGUGCGUUCUUCUUUCAACCCCAAAACCUCCCUCGACACCAUCAUUUCAACUCACCAAUGGAAACCAACAAACAAAACAAAAAGAAAAAAUGGUUCUUACCACUCAUCUUCUCUCUUAUACUCUCCACCUUCCUCAUCCUCCUUUCCAUUUUCAUCUCCUCCGAUUCCUCAUCCUUACUCUACCUUUCCCGUUCAAGAGCCACAAACGAUACACCUCAUUUCGUUGAAUCAAAGCUAAGAAUCUCUUCAACAUCACCCACAAACUCAGUUCCAAGGAUCGCUUACUUGAUCUCAGGUUCAACCGGUGAUGGAGAGAGUUUGAAGAGAACCCUUAAGGCCCUUUACCAUCCAAGGAACCAAUACGCUGUUCACUUGGAUUUAGAAGCUUCUCCUAAAGAAAGAUUGGACCUUGCUAACUUUGUUAGGAAUGAGCCUCUUUUUGCUCAAUUGGGUAAUGUUAGAAUGAUUGUUAAGGCUAAUUUGGUAACUUAUAGAGGACCUACUAUGGUCACUAAUACCCUUCAUGCUGCUGCACUUUUGUUCAAAGAAGCUGGUCAUUGGGAUUGGUUUAUUAAUCUUAGUGCUUCUGAUUAUCCCUUGCUCACCCAAGAUGAUCUACUACAUACACUGUCAUCUAUUCCAAGACACCUUAACUUCAUUGAGCACACCAGUGAUAUUGGCUGGAAGGAAGAUCAGAGAGCCAAGCCUAUUAUAAUUGAUCCAGCGCUUUAUAGCGUCAAUAAAUCUGAUGUAUUUUGGGUGACAGAGAGAAGAAGUGUUCCUACUGCAUAUAAGCUGUUUACAGGUUCUGCGUGGAUGAUGCUUUCUCGCCAAUUUGUGGAAUAUAUAUUGUGGGGAUGGGAUAACUUGCCUAGAGUAGUGUUGAUGUAUUAUGCCAACUUUCUAUCUUCCCCUGAAGGAUAUUUCCACACAGUCAUCUGCAAUGCUGAGGAAUUCCGUAACACGACUGUGAACCAUGACCUCCACUUCAUAUCAUGGGACAACCCUCCCAAACAACACCCACACUUCCUGACAGCUGAUCACUACCAGAGUAUGGUGGAAAGCAAUGCUCCUUUUGGUCGGAAAUUUGGCAGGAACGAGCCUCUCUUAGAUAAAAUUGAUACUGAGCUGUUGGGACGAAAUGCCGAUGGUUAUGUGCCUGGUACGUGGUUCAGUCAAGCAAAUCCAAACACCACCAAACCUUAUUCUUUUAUAAGAAACAUCACUGAACUUAGACCCGGUCCUGGUGCAGUAAGGCUUAAACGCCUUAUCAACGGUUUAUUAUCAGCAGAAGAUUUUCAGAAAAAUCAAUGUUCUUGAUAUCAUUGCUGUUUUUUCCAUCACUUAAGAGCAUUAGCAACACGCAAAUAUUUGAUAUUGCUAGUCCACUUGACACACUGAGGUUGCUUUGAGACCAGUCGGGGAAGAUGAGAAAACAGAACAGAAGACACAAAGAACAACUUCUUCAGAAACACAGCUUUGUGGUUGACUUAUAUUUUUACACGACCAAUAAUUUUUUGUCCAUGUGUAUUGAUUGGUUCACACGAUUCAUUAUAUUUUACUGGAUGAUUACAAUGACAAGCCACCAAUGUAAUUGUUGUACUAUGUAGCAAAUAAAUUAGUACGAGGGAUUUCAGUUAUAAUAACACAUGCUUCUGCC